CACUGCAUACAUUGUUUCUGAGCCAGCUGCUGUCUUCAGACUUGUCUUCUCCCCGCUGCCUCACAGCUCAGAGUUGAGCUGGCCUCAUGCUGAAAAUGCAGAGCACGCCCAACUACCUCUGGAACAUGGACGAUGUGCUGGGCCAAGGGGCUACAGCCAGCGUGUACAAAGCCCGCAGUAAGAGAUCAGGGGAGCUGGUUGCUGUGAAGGUCUUUAAUAAUGCCAGCUACCUGAGACCACAGGAGGUGCAGAUGAGAGAGUUUGAGGUGCUGAGGAAAUUAAACCAUAAGAACAUCGUCAAACUGUUUGCAGUUGAAGAGACUGGAAACAGCAAGCAGAAGGUGCUGGUGAUGGAGUACUGCUCACGUGGGAGCUUGCUGAGUGUGUUAGAAGAUCCAGAGAACUCCUUUGGCUUGUCUGAGUCAGAAUUCCUCAUCGUGUUGCAUUGUGUUGUGGCCGGCAUGAACCACCUUCGUGAGAACAGCAUUGUCCAUAGAGACAUCAAACCAGGAAACAUCAUGCGGCUGGUGGGGGAAGACGGGCAGAGCAUCUAUAAGCUCACGGAUUUUGGGGCCGCUCGAGAGCUGGACGAUGACGAGAAGUUUGUGUCCGUCUACGGGACAGAGGAAUAUCUUCACCCGGACAUGUACGAGCGAGCGGUUCUGAGAAAACCCCAGCAAAAGGCUUAUGGGGUGACUGUAGAUCUGUGGAGCAUUGGGGUAACCUUUUACCAUGCUGCUACGGGCAAUCUCCCAUUUAUCCCCUUCGGCGGACCUCGCAGGAAUAAAGAAAUCAUGUAUAAAAUAACGACCGAGAAACCCGCUGGAGCUAUCGCAGGUGUCCAGAGGCAGGAGAACGGGCCCAUUGAGUGGCGCUACGAGCUGCCCAUCACCUGCCAACUGUCUGUGGGGCUGAAGAGCCAGCUCAUUCCCAUUCUGGCUAACAUUCUGGAAGUUGAUCAGGAAAAAUGCUGGGGCUUUGAUCAGUUUUUUGCUGAAACCACUGACAUCCUGCACAGGAUAGUGGUCCACGUCUUCUCCUUGCAGCAAGCUACCAUGCACCGGGUCUACAUCCAUGCCUACAACACUACCACCAUAUUUUUAGAAGCUGUCUUCACACAGACAAAUAUAGCCCCUCACCAUCAAGAAUAUUUUUUUGAAGGUCACCCGUAUCAAUUGGAACCCAGCCUGCAAGCUCACAAUUUCUCCAGAACCACAGAAAAUAGCCCGCUGACCUUGCUGAGCAGUGUACCGGAGGAACCCGUGGGAGUGAGAUUCAGAGAUCCAUCACUUGAGUUUCCAAAGUUUGUCCCAAAGGUUGAUGUCCUAGCUGACUGCAGCAUGGCAAAGGGUGUCCUGAGUGCCGUUCACCAGACACUGAAGAUCUCUCGGUCACUUUUGAAAUGUCAAGAAUUUAUUCUGAGAGGUCUUUACUGGGUGAUUGAGAGCCUGAAAGCCAAGUGCUCCCGUGUUGUGGAGAGAAGGGAAGUGGCCGUUUCAAUGCUGAGCUGCUUGCAGCAAACCGAGCUGAAGGCCUUCGUGUUGUAUGAUUCUGUUUCUGGAGGCAACAGUAGUCCAGAGCUGAAGGAUCUGGCUGAGGUGAAAACAAGGCUGCAGACUGUCACUGAAGACCUCACCAGAUGUUCCCACAGCAUCUCCGAACAUAAAGGGACAUUGGACUCUCUUUUGUCUGAGUUGGUAAAGCACAGGAAACAGGCACAUGAAGAUAGCAUCCGGCAGAUGGAGUGCUGCCUCGAGAAGAUGCAGCUCAUAUACAAGCAAUUCAAGAAGACCCGGAUGAGUCCGCGGCUAGCCUACAAUGAGGAACAAAUACACAAGCUGGAUAAGAUGAAUUUAGGGCAUUUGGCCAAAAAGGUCUUGUCGAUUUUCCAGGAGGACUGCGUACAGAAAUAUCAAGCUAUGCUGGCCAUCCAUGGGAACAUAACUAGGGACGUUUGGGAGAUGAGAGAGCAUUUGAAGAAACUCAGCAACUCUAUAGCCGCUUGUAAUGUGGAGAUGAUGGGAUGCCAGGAGUGCCUCCAUAAUGCUUUGGACAGAUUACCUCAGAGAAUCCUGCGGGAGAAACCAAAUUUGGCCCAGGUCUCUUCUGCACCCCCACCAAUUUACAUGAAUCUAGUCGAUCAGGAGAUGGUACUUAGAAUGAAGGAGCUUCGGGAGCAAAUGAAACUGGUAGCGAAUGACCUCCAGAGCAACAACAGCAUCAUUGAGCGGUAA